AUGCAAGCUCCCGUCUUGACCGUGUCAAUCACAACCCCGCAAUCAUGGGCGCAGCAAAAUGCCAUCAAGCGUCGUCGCGUCAUGCGCUCGCCCCGGCGCGGCAUCAUCAAUCUCAAGCACCUGGAUCCCAAGGCCAGAAAAGCGAAAGAAGAAAUGCUGGCAAAGGCUGUCGAGGGCCAGUUGCAGAUCAAGAAGUCUCCGACUAAUGGACUUCUUCUGGAUCCUUUUCAAACGUUUCCAAUUCCGAUGGCCGGCUGCGUGAGCCAGAUGGCCCAGUUCUAUGUCCAAGUUUGGGCUCCUCAGCACGGCACGGCGUUCGCAUUCGAGGGGCACACCAACCCGUAUUUGAGUCUUCUCUGGCCCCAUGCCCUGAAGUCCGCCAUCUAUUUUGAGGGACUCGUGGCUCUAUGUCGAGCAACCUACCUGGCUGCGUCGGGCCAAUCGGCCCGGGGCGACAGACAUUUCGUGUGGCACAAAGGGAAUGUCAUGACCAAACUGCGUGCUCGGCUGGAGGAUCCCCAGCUGUGCUCCGACGACACGACCAUCCUGGUGGUGGCGACCUUGGGCACGAUUGACUAUAUCCUCGGUGACCACAGCGCCGCUUGCGCUCAUGUCUCCGGCAUGAGACAGAUAGUGAAGAUCCGGGGAGGGUUCAAAACCACCUCACCCUGGGAAAGAUUACUCAAAACGAACGUCGACGCCUAUGAGGCGCUGUGGUCGUUCCUGUUCGCAGCAGACUCCAGUUCCGACAAGUCACCCCGAUAUGAUGGCCAGAUCCUCCAGAACGCCGAAUUUCCGAUUUACAUGGCUCAUCCGUUCAAGCCUGAAGUCUGCGAGAUGUUGGCUAAACUUCCGCAAGGGUUUUGUGAUAUUGGUUUGACAGGCGUGCUUUCUCUGCAAAUGAUACGGCUUCUCUCCGACUUCUCUGGGAUCAAGGCAAAGAUGGCGGAUUCUCCACGGACAGGGGGCUUUGACACGAUUUCCAGACGGAAGAUCCAGACGACCCUCGAAGAUCUACAUCGACUGGCCACGCUGCAGACCACUCCGACAGAAAGAUUUCUCUCUCAUGGCCUGGUAGCUUAUUGUUACCUGCUCAGGAUCAUAUACUUCCAGGACCAUCUGACCGGUUUCUACGAGACGGCCCUAAAAGCUCUUGCCGACAUCGCCCUCAACCAAACACCCAGCCACAAAUCCCCAGACCGGAAAUGCUUCCUCUGGAGCAACAUGAUGAUAGGCACCGUCUUGCAACACGGGCAGGUUCGUCCUCCUGGAUGGACCGCCGUGCUGCGCCAGUUCUUCGACAAAUACGGAGAAGCGCGGCAAUGGAAAAAACUCGAGGCCGACUUGAAAUUGUUCUUCCUGGGGGAUGACAUCCACCAGUUUGCCAAGGAGGCAUAUGAUGAAGCUGUGAGGAGGAGAGAAAGAGGAGAGUCCGAAGAACGCGAUUCCCGCGUGGCAACCAUGGCUAUUCGAAAUGUCGUUCUGUGA